AUGGCUGAUCAUGAUGAUGCAGUCCUUGUCGAUUGUGAAGAAGUUCCCGAUUUUUCGUACGAACCAAGACAAGUUACUCCUUCUCUUUCGCUCAAAGAUGGACAAGUAAAUCCAAGGGGAAAUUUUUCGUUGGCAGGAAACAGCGGAGAGAUUUCAAAUCGUCAGGAGAACUCGGUCCCUGAGCUCAUAAUCGCUGUGUUUGUUGUGCAGUUUGACACGCGAAGAGGUAAGCUUAUUUCAUAAAAGCCUAGAUUUAUCAUUGCACCACCAUACUACCUAAGACUUUUUCGGUAAUCAGUGGAACGCUUCGUUUUGUUCCCCUCGAUACGCUCGAUUUCUAACUUAUGUAUAAUACAAAAAAAUACAUAUUAUCUUUCUUUCUUUUUUAAUUUUUGACUGUAUCAUUUUUCUCAGGUAUGAAGUUAUAAUUUCAUUAACCUUGCUUUGAUAAAUUGGAUUGUACUGUGUAGUGUCAAUAUGCAAUUUUAUUCAUGCUGUACUUAUAUGUUAAUAUCCUUUUACUUUCCCUAUUUGUUUUUGAGCAUGGUAAGGUGUGUUAAUUAGUUUGAAAAGAAAGAAAAUGAAAGUUGAACCAAGGAUAGAAUUUAACCACAACAAUAGCGACUCUUCUGCCUAUUCUGCCAUUCUGGUUUUAUAGUGGAACGCAAUGUUCUUCGGUUUGUACAUGUGUCCUCCAUCUUGAAUCUUCCCAGUUUCUGUUACUUGUGGCCCUUAUAUUAACAAACCCUUGCAGUUUGGGAUGAAAUGUUAACCAGUUCUACUUAUUCCCUUCUUUGCUGUUGUUAAGGAAAUUGGAACUUCUGUCUUAUAGGGGGUGACAACUGAUGUAUCGAUCCAGUUUUGGUUGACACAUGUAUAUCAUUUGAGGGCCAGCCAAUAUAUCAAUUAAAAGUCAGUUGAUAUGUUGAUCAAGGGUCAAUCAUGUCAAUCAAGACUUAGUGUUGGUUGACUAUAGACUGUUCUAUGGCCAGUUCAUUGAGCGACAGUUGGUCUCAAUAGCAUCGGUAGUGUGGCAUGAAUGUAUUGAAGAACUGUCGGUCAAGUUUAGGACAUUGGUGAUGAAUCAGUUGACAGGGCCUUCUCAUUUUAACCCUAGCCUAGUGGCUCAGGCUAACAUGAGUCUGAGUCAGACUGAAAACAUAUUUAUGCCCAUGAACAUAAACUCUUAAGGACAGCUUCAACCCAAACAUGCGUAUUUUAAGAUCCAGGUGUGCUUACUACUAAGGUGUCACCCGCAAUGUCAACCAGUACCAUUGUGUUGGUGAUAAAUUUAUGUCUUGGAUAUCCUGGCGAAGUAAUGGCUUGACUGUCAACCAACUAUUGACUGACAGACUAUUAGGACAGGCUACCAUCAGCAACAAAAUUAUUUGAGACACUUAGCCCUAAAUGGUGUCUCUAAGGUUUGCUAAUUUAAAAAAGGGAAAUGAAAUAAAGCUUUCCCUCCCUGAUCCCUUCCCUGCAGUGUUGUGCCACUGUUCGAGCUACAUGUACCUGCAGAAAGCAAGUUUUGUUCCCCAAAGUUGCCGCAUUUAAUUUGAGGCCAAUGUCACAAAAAUUUUGUUUCUGAUUGGACCAUCCAUAUAUCGACCCACUCGAAUGACACUGGACUGACAAUUGACCAACACAGUACUCGAGUGUUCUAGACCAAUAUCUACUAAUAAUUACUUAAUAUUUCAGUCAACUCCCCCUAUGAGACAGAAGAUCCAGGAAAUUUAUGAUCCAUGGGAUUUAUAUCAGCUCCUUAAGUAACUCAGUGCAAUAUGCUAUUCUUUCAAGUAAAGAGAGUAAAUUUGAUAUUGUCUAUAAUUUGUUACAUUUUGCAACUACAAUGUCAUACAUUGUAAACCAUUUUUAACCCCUGUGACAAAUCUUGAAGUUCAAGUCCCCCUUUUUGAUUGGGGACCUAACAUUUAUGUUUAUUGUUGUUUGUUAGGAAAUGAAAUUGAGUGGAAGUAUCCAACAUCUGUGAAUUUGAUAGGUGUGGAAUUCAAGGCCCUUGCUAGUGGUUCUCAUACAAUCACAAAAGAUUUUAUGUAAGUAUUGAGUACAUGUAUAAAACUUACAAUAAUCAUGUGGUUCUUACCUUAACAGCUGGUUUGCAGAUGAUAUAGUUUGUGUUGUGUAAGCAAGUACUUAAACCAUCAUUUGCCUUCUUAUAACUUAUUAUAAAAGGUUCUAUCAGCCCAUCAGGUAGCCUGCGAAUACAGCCAUCUCUUCCUACUGCUCACCUUUAGGGAUUUUUUUCGGUAGAGAUGUCUGGGAUUCGGCCCAAAAAAAUUCCAUACUGAUAAUGGGAAUCAAUGUUUACAUAAUCUAGCGAGCGAGACAGCUGUACAGUUAGUCCUCCAUUAACCCUUUAGGUCCCAAGAGUGACCAACAUCAAUUUCCUCCUAACAGCAUCAGCAUAUUAUCAAGUACAAAAGAUCAUGAGUAUUACUAAAUUGAUUACCAAAGGGAGAAUGCUUUGAUCUUAAACCAAAUUCUCUCAACUAUUCUUAAAAGAAAUUUAUGGAGAUAAGUCUGGAGAAUUUGUCUGUGGAUCUUAGGGCUUAUUAAGCAGCACCCUUAGGGUACGGGCGAGUGGCCGCUAAUUAAUGGAGGAUGGCCGCUCAAUACAGGCUCGUCAUAAAUUAACUUAGUCUUUAGCAGAAACAAUCAUCACUUUAUUUUGAAACAAACAUGUACGUGACGGGAGCAGCAUUACUGGUUCACAAUCAGUCAUCUCCGUCUAUCUUGGACUGUAUUUUCCUUCAUCAUAUUCUUAAAAUAAAGCCCAGCUAAGAGUAUCAAGUGUUUUUUUGAUGGCCACUUAGUAGAGCUUAAUUUAACAAUGGAAGAACUCUUCUUGGGAUGGCCAAAAAGUGGCUGCGGCCACUUAAGAGAGGUGGCCACUUGAUAGAGGUUUAAUUUCCCAUUCUUUUCUACAAUUAUUUCGGGACAUUGAUUACUGGCCACUUAUUAGAGGGUGGCCACUUAAUAGGUGGAUGCUUAACUCUUUAAACCGUAAGAUCAAAAUUAAAAUUCUCAUUUGUCGCCUCUAUUCAUUCAUUACAGAAGUCAAGGCUGUGCUCUAGGGAAAAUUGAAGGGAGCCCAGUGCUCUGAACCUUUAAAAUCUAGGGUGCCCGGCAUAUGAUUUGUAUGAAAAAUCUAAGAUUCACUAGUCGCCCAAGAGCAAAAAUUGGACACUAGGGGCCACCAAGCUCUCCUAGAGCACAACCUUGGAAGUAGCAGGGAGAAGAUGAUAAAGUAUCAGGCAAAUAUCUUGUGUGAUCAUAUCCAUAAUUCUCAUGACCACUCUGUUGUACAAAGCAUUGAUUUUGCAAGAAGAAAUUUGAUGCUGAUCACUCUUAGCUGGGUUUAAAGGGUAAAUGGAGGUUCAACUGUAUUUGCCGGCUACUCAUCAAUCUUUUUUUAUCUUUGUGCAGUGCACAUUUCUUCUAUUCUUUGAAAGUAAAUUCUUUAUUUCUUUCAUUAGAUAUUUCAAAACAAAGGAUGGACUUUAUGGACUAAGCUGUUUUGAGAGAAUAGCUGUUGAUAAUGUGGCUGAGAGAGGGGCCCGGAUGAAAUCAGUUGGUAUUUUAUGUGCGAAAUACACUUCGUUACAUGAACACAUGCCGUUCCUCGAAGAGGAAGUAAGGUACCCAAUAUCCAUCACUAACCCUUUCAUCCUUUUAAUAUAUAUUAUGAUCUUAUAAAUUUCUCCAUACUCUUCUUCUACACUUUUGGUGGUAGUAAUAAGGAUAAUAUGUAUUUUGUAAAAUCAAGACUUUUUUGACCUGGUGACCUUUAUAAAUAUUUGGUUAAGCACUUCAAUACCACUACAGAACUGCUGCUGGUUAGCUCUGUGUGAAGAGCGCAGGUCCCAAAGAGCGCCUAUCAGCUGCUAACGUAUUUAUCCUUUCUAUUUUAACGUCUAGGAGGCAGUUAGAAAAUCCUGGCCAUUAUGAAGAUUUAGAAAACUAUUAUCACAGCUAUAAAAACUGUGUUCUCAGAAACAAUUACAUUCCUUCUCCAACUUAUGAGAAGUUACCAGGACUGGAUGAAAUACCAGUGUUAAAGGUACUGACGUACUUGCACUUAUUCUUUGGUAAUCCUGUGUAUAACGUUUUUAGAACAAGUGGAAAAAUAAUUGUCAAAAUAGUUGACUUGGAAAUUCAUUAGAUUUUAAGAAUCUACCGCAUACUGCUCCCGAUAAGCUCUGUGCUUCCCGGUAUACAUCUUUGUGAGGGGAUUUUAAGAGGGCUCAUAAACAGCGGGGCUUAUAUCUAAGGGGGCUUAUACAUGUAACUGGAAGAAAAAGGGCUUUGAAACAAGCUUUUGCAGUGCUAAUUAGAAUAAAUUUUGCUUUUCCUGGUUUUUAAUUGGGCUUCCAAACGUCAUAAUAAAUCAAAUUAAUUUCAAAAAAGCUAGAGGGUGGCUCAUAUGGUGAGGGGGGUGGGCUUAUGAUCAGAUGGGGGAGGCCUAUAAGUGGGGAGUCUUAUAUUUUGUUUAAGCAGUAGUUCGCAAUAUUCUUUCAUACAUAGUGAUAUUUAUUAUGGGAAAAUCCCUCUUGGCUUUGACAACAAAAAUAUUCUAUGUUUAUUUUUCUCCCAAAGUGUUGUUGACCAGCUUUGCUACUUUUGGUUAUGGGAGUUACAAAUAAUUAUUAUUGUUGUUCUGUCUCGUAGAUCACCCAUCCAGCUGGAUGUUUCACUCAGUUUAUCAAGUUCUUUGGAGAACAAAUCUUUGUUCUUUGGAAAUUUGUGCUGUUACAAAAAAGAAUUCUCUUCUUCUCUCCCCCACCUGUUGGCGUGGCUUGUUAUAGAGGUAAGCAACUUAACCUUCCAAAAAGAUAAAAAUGACCCCUUCUUCCAUUUAAAUAGUAGCUUGGGAGAGUAUCAUUUUUGCACAAAUUUAAUAACGUUUUCUCCAGCAGACAAAAGAAAGAAAAACAAACAGUGCUGUCCCAAGUGUUAUUUCAUACAGAUACCAAAUCACAAAUUUAACCAUGCAGAAUUGCUUCCUUUAGAAGAGGACUAAUUUGGAAAGACAACAUGGGAAGCUGGCAGUUUUGUUGGAUGGUGAGAACACCAGCAAGCUACAAUUAAGCUAUGAAAAGCAGUGACUAAGCCUCCCCAUUCUGUCCUGCACUUCCCUUGCUUGUGCUCCAAGGGUUGAUGCUCUCCAUAUUUUUUGGGGCUUUGUUGCACACUCACACUCCCCUCCCCAACAAAAUCUCCCUACCAUUAAAAUAUUCAAAGCAUGCCUCUGUAAUCCUAAUGGCAAAAUCCUAAGCAAUAAAUAUAGUAUCCUGCAAACGUUCUGCUAAAGAGCUUUCAUCUGAAUGGUCACACCAUAAGCUUUCAUCCACAGAUUUCAGAGUUAAACUGACAAAAUUAAUAACCUCGUCAUAACAUGGUAUAGGGGUUGAAGGGUGAAAAUUAUCUGUUUUAUGGUUCCCUAAAAUCAUGUGUCCGUAAGAAGUAUGGAGGAAUACUAUGUUCUAUUUUUGUUGCAGUGUACUGUGCUUGUUUGUUGGCAAGUCAUGGAAUUCCGUUUGGCUUUGAAACUGGUAGCAAUCCCCUCUUUUUCACAAAUGUUUGUGAUUUAAGUGCAUUGAAAGAAGAACACAAGUAUGUUGCAUGUAAGUUGCAUGAUUUUGUCUGAAAUAAAUAAGAUUAAUUAUAAUAAUUUUCUUCAGAGGCCAAGAGAGUAGAGUACACUUCAAUCUAUCACACCGUCUUUUCCUCUUUGUGUUUGUUUUUGUUACCACACAAAGCCGCAGACAAUCCAAAAAAAGCUUUUCCCUUCACUGUAAGAAAAUGAAGCAGAAGUGCACCAAAACAAAAAAUGCGAGAUUGCUUGUUGUUGACAGCUUAAUCAUCACUGAAGUUGUCAAUUGAAUUACCAAAAUUUAAACAGCCGCCUUGAUAUUCAAACUUAGAUGUGUUGUUCUUUAUGCACAAGGUACAACAGAGAAGAUAUUUGAGAGCAAAUUGGAAGUGUAUGAUGUCUAUGUUGAUAAUCAGAACAUCAAAUGCAAACAACAUUUGAGUUGGAUUGCUCAUUUUAAUAAUGCUGAUAGAGAUCGACUACAUCAACUGGACUCUUUCAGGUAAGUUGGAAACUAUGAAUCAUGUGUUUGUUUCGUUUUUUUAAAGAUUUACUUUAAGCUUAGUCGCGGAGUGAGAAAGGUGUGUUCAUCUUGUCAAGUUUGUGACAGAUCUGAGUUCUGAUGGGACUCACACAGCUUUGAUCUUCAGAGGAAUACACCCUAGCUUGAAAUAAGUUUGUUCUAGUUUAGGGUGUAAAGUGCCCUACUCCAUGGCUCCUUGGAGAUUGUGGAUUCCAAAAAUCUCUUGUACUCUGGCAGAUUAUGUUCGCUUAUGUCGUAGUGAAGAUAACAUUCUUUAUUGUCAGGAAAACGUCAUUUUUCACUCAGACACAAAUGGAAAAAGGAGAAGGCUGUCGUUUUCUCUUGAUUUUGUUAGCUCAUUCUCUCUUGGUUAACAUUGUCUUUCAAAAUUAGCAAAGGUUGCCACACCAGAGGGGGUGGUGGAGAAGGAUUCUUUAAACUGUAUUCCUGAUUCCAAGGCCCAGAAUUCCGGAUUUCUCAAGUACAAUUUUCACGCAUUCCGGAAUCCGGAUUCCCUUACAUGAUGCGAAGUCUUUUUGUAGCUAAGGAUAUUUCCCCUCAUAAUACAUUCAGCCAUAUGAAUUUUCCACAGAUCAGAUCACUGUGCUUCCUUUUUGAAGCACCGUUUUGAGUUGUGAUGGUGAAAAGUUUAUUUUGUUGUGGUUGUUCUUUUAAAGGCAAGAGCAGCUAUACACAGGUGGCGACGUUUGUGAUGAUGAGAAGAUGUACACAAAGUGAGUGACAAUCUACUUGUUAGAACAAAACGCUGUAUGGUCAAUUCUAUGCUAAAGUCAUUUCUUAGUGUCUUUUCCCAUACACAAAACGCUCCUGUAAAGUUAUAAAGAAGAUAUCAAACAAGUUCCAUAAGAAGCACCAACCAUAGUAACAUUUGUGGUGAUUUUUGCAGUCACAGCAUUAAAACUUGAAGUAGUUGGCCCAAUGUUUUCAAUUUUCAAUCCAUAUCAAUCCUUGCCAUCCAUAGUAACAAACGACAAGAAAUAGUUUCAAUGCCUAAAUAUAGUCGUAAACAACAAAACUGGACCAUUAUUUUUGGAAUUCAAUUGAUGCGAACACACACACGUUUUAGAUUUUUAAAAGAUAGCAAAUAGCCUGACAUAGCCCCUCUAUUAGUUUAUUCACAAUUUAUUAGACGUGGUACACAUUCAGUGCCGGAUCCAGACCUUGAGAUACGGGAGGGGCCCGGUCAUCCAGACCCUGAGAUAACGGGGGGGGGGGGGGGGGGGGUCCCCCCGGGCCCCCCCCCUGGAUCCGCCAUGGGGUUCAUUAAUCCUUGGUGACAUCGUUUUGUUUUUCUUCUUUUCAGAUUUUUUGUCAACUUAAACAACAAGCUUUUCCAGACACUUUUCGAAGUAGCUUCUACUGAAGACAGAACUUUAACACCGGAACACAUCCGAAGUGUAGGACUUGAUUCAAAGGCCGAUCUGCAUUUCUUGUCUGACUUGGUAGAUCUUUACGGAAUCGACGUUCACAUUCCAGAAUCCAAAUGUUGUCCAUUUUACGUUUAA